UCGAGGAAAAGAAAAGCAAAAAUUGACUCAUCUCAUGUUUUCCAUUUUCUUGUUUUCUCACAACAAAUACAAUUGUUAUUCUUUAAAUUGUUUGUUUAAUUUUUUUAUAUUCUAAUUGUGAUGAGGGUGGUGGAAACAGAGGAAGAGUACAAAGGCGACGGAAGAGCUUGUUAUGCCGUUCGAAUGGACCUGAAACAUUGUGUUCUUGAGUCCGAUUGUGUCAAAAAGGAUAAAAUCAGCCCUCAGGAGUGUUUGAGAAGAGCUCAUGAACUAUUGCCCGAUGAAUGUGUUAGAUUCAAAACACUAUUAACUAAUUGUAAACGUAGUUUGCUUGAUAACCGGAGACGAUUUAGAGGACGAAUUGAAUGAUCCUUAAUUGUUGGCCUUUCAAUUUUAGAAAUCAAGAUUUACACUUGUUAAUCCUGGUUGAACAUUCAGAGUCUAGUCAAGAAUCAACGGAAGAUCUUGUAAAAAGUUAACCUGUCCAACAAUUAACUUUUUAAAAUGAAUGUUAAUCGGUAGUAAUUAAAGGAUUGCGUGUAAGUGUAUUGUUUGUAAUUAGAUAAAUUAACAAUUAUUUAAAUUGUUCACAAUAAACUAAUACAAAUUUUCA